AAGCAUUUGUUGAAUUGAAUUUGUAUCCUUCAAUUAACACAUGUAUGUUUACCAUAUAUUAUUGAUAUUGAUUUGAUGAUCAAAAUUGGAAAAGAUCAGCAAAGCUUUGUAACUCAAGAAUUACCAGUUAACUUGAAUUUGGAGUUUGAUGUUUUUAAAUUUUAGUUUUAAGGUAGCUAGGGUAUAGAGAGGCCAGAAGAAAGAAUGCUCCAGGCUAGAGUACAGUCAAUGAAAAUGUUCAGAUAUGGGAGAUGCAAAGUACAAAGGAGGAACAUUGCUAAAGUGUAAGGAAGAGAAGUGUUGGGGGAUGGGAGUGGUGCACCUAUAUAUUCAUUAUACAACACAGUUCUUGAAAUCCAUUGAUUUGGUAAUUUUUUUGGGGGGGAAAUGGGUGCAAGAAUUGGAGCUGUGAUUUCAUUGAUAGAGGGUAGAAACUUACUUUAUCAAUGCAAAUUGAUACUUGUUAUGUAUCUUGCAGGCUGAGUCAUUAAUGAGAUUCUCAGAUAUUAAUUGAUUUACCUAUAAUCAUAUAGCCAAUAUUUGUCAGAAGUGAGAAGAACACAGAUCUCUCCUGAUUCUAAAGAUCCUUCUGUAUCCAUAAUGCAACUCUUAUUACAUUAUCAAAAUAGGCAUGACUAUUUUGGUUGUAUACAUAACAAGCAAUCUGGACAAAUUAUUUAGAAAAUCAUGCGUUAUUAAUAAUGUACAUGCUUUGGAUUCUUUUGCAGAACAGAAGCAUGGAAAGAUGUUUGUCCUAUUGGAGCUACUUCCUUCUUGGGCUAUUGCCCCUUCAGAUAGUGUGCACACAAUCUGUAAAAAAUUGUGUUGUCAGACAAGAAGUGGCUGAUUGCAGCCACUUGAAAUUGACCCAAAUUCCUGCUGAUCUUCCAACCAACAUCACAACCUUGAACCUCACCCAUAAUCAACUGAAAAGAUUGCCAGCUGCAAAUCUUACAAGAUAUAACCAACUUGUCAUUUUGGAUGGAGGAUUCAAUAGCAUCUCAAAGUUGGAGCCGGAAUUGUGUCAGAGGCUGCCUCAGUUGAAAGUUUUGAACCUUCAACACAAUGAGCUCUCCCAGAUUUCUGAUGCCAUGUUUGCCUCCUGCAUAAGUCUUAUGGAACUUCAUUUAAAGUUCAAUUCUUUUAAAAAAAUCAGUAACAAUCCUUUUAUAAAUUUAAAGAAUUUACACAUAUUAGAUCUAUCUCACAGUGGCUUAUCAUCUACUAAAUUAGGAACUCAGGUACAACUAGAAAAUCUCCAGGAACUUCUAUUAGCUAACAACAAAAUUCACACAUUACAAAAGGAAAACUUUGAUUAUCUUAGUAAUUCAUCCUUGAGGAAACUUGAUUUGUCUUCAAACCAAUUGAAAGAGUUUUCUCCAGGAUGCUUUCAGUCAAUUGGAAAAUUAUAUGGUCUUUCUCUGAACAAUGUUCAGCUCGGGCCCGUACUUACAGAAGAGCUUUGUUUAGAAUUAUCAGGCACAAGUGUUCGGAUCCUUUCUCUGAGCAACAUACAACUUACUAACAUUUCCAACAUGACUUUCAGAGGUCUGAACCAGACAAAUCUCACUAUGCUUGACCUUUCCCAUAAUGGUUUGUCAGCAAUAGCUAAUGACUCCUUUGCUUGGCUUUCACAUAUGGAAUGGCUUGGGUUGGAGUAUAAUAAUAUAGGCUACCUAUCUUCUCGCUCCUUUUAUGGACUCUCUAAGGUAAAAUACCUGAACUUGAAAAGAACUUUCAGUAAACCAAGAAAUGCCAUGUUUUCCUUUCCUAAGAUAGAUGACUUUUCCUUCCAGUGGUUAAAAUGUUUGGAAUAUCUUAGCAUAGAGGAUAAUAACCUUUUGGGCAUUACCACUAAUAUGUUCACAGGAUUAACAAGUCUGAGACAUAUAAUUUUAUCCAGCUCCUUUGCAUAUUUAAAAACUCUAACCAAUGCUACCUUCUUAUCCCUUGCUCAUUCUCCCUUACUUAUUCUUAACUUGACUAGAAACAAAAUCUCUCGGAUAGAGACUGGAGCAUUCUCUUGGUUGGGCCAUCUAGAAAUCCUUGACCUAGGCCUGAAUGAAAUUAGUCAAGAACUUACAGGUCAAGAGUGGAAAGGUCUGGAAAACAUCACGGAGAUUUAUCUUUCCUAUAACAAAAAUCUAACAUUGACCAGUGACUCAUUUACUUCAGUCCCAAGCCUCAAAAGACUGAUGCUCCGCAGAGUAGCUUGCAAACAGCUGGAUAUUUCUCCAUCUCCUUUUCAUCCUCUUCAGAAUCUGACCAUCCUAGACCUCAGCAACAACAACAUAGCAAACAUAAAUGAUGAAAUGUUAAAAGGACUCAAUCAACUGGAAAUUUUGGAUCUGCAGCACAAUAACUUGGCUCGACUUUGGAAACAUGCUAAUCCUGGUGGGCCUGUUCUUUUUCUGAAAGGUCUUUUUCGACUUCACAUACUUAAUUUAGAGUCUAAUGGCUUUGAUGAAAUUCCAGCAGAUGUCUUUAAGGGUUUAUCUCAUUUAAAGAUGAUUAAUUUAGGAUUAAACAAUCUGAAUUUACUCCCAGACUCUCUGUUUGAUGAUCAGACAUUCCUGAAAUCAUUGAACCUGCAAAAGAAUCUUAUAACAUCUGUUGAGAAGAGUGUUUUUGGAUCUGCUUUCCAGAAUCUGAGUGUUUUAGAUAUGAGUUUCAAUCCAUUUGAUUGCACUUGUGAAAGUAUAGCUUGGUUUGCUAACUGGCUGAAUGGAACCCACACAAAUAUCAAGGAUCAGCCUAAUCAUUACCUCUGCAACACUCCACCACAAUAUCAUGCUACCUUAGUGAUGGCCUUUGAUACUGCUCCCUGCAAAGAUAGUGCCCCUUUUAAGAUACUCUUCAUGAUAAAUACCAGUUUCCUAUUCAUUCUGAUCUUUGUUGUCAUGCUUGUCCACUUUCAAGGCUGGAGAAUAGCCUUUUACUGGAAUGUAACCAUACACCGAGUCCUUGGUUUCAAAGAAAUUGAUCACCAGGCAGAGAAGCCUGACUAUGCAGCUUAUGUGGUCCAUGCCCGAGAAGAUGCACAAUGGAUCUGGAAGCAUUUUUCUCCUCUUGAAGAAAAAGACCAUUCCCUCAGAUUCUGUCUGGAGGAAAGGGAUUUUGAAGCUGGCAUGCCUGAACUUGAAGCAAUUGUACACAGCAUAAAAAGGAGCAAGAAGAUUAUUUUUGUUAUAACACGAAAUCUCUUGAAAGAUCCCUUGUGUAAAAGGUUCAAGGUACACCAUGCAGUCCAGCAAGCAAUUGAACAAAAUCUAGAUUCCAUCAUACUGAUCUUUCUUGAAGACAUUCCAGAUUAUAAACUGAAUCAUGCCCUUUGUUUAAGAAGAGGAAUAUUUAAGUCUCAAUGUAUUUUGCAUUGGCCAGCUCAGAAAGAACGUGUCCAUGCAUUUUACCAGAAAUUAGAAGUAGCACUUGGAAUGAAAAAUAGAGCAUAGUGAAUUUCUUAACCUUAAAGAUGUUAUACUUAAAUUGAAGUGUUCCCUAUCCUCAUAAAUUACAGAAUAAAUGGGAAUUAUACUAUAAAUGCA